AUGCAUUAUGUUCCAGCAAUUUCCCUCGAGUUGGAACUUUUUCGAAACACCGAUUUUUUUGCAAAACCUGAUGGAGCGAGCUCCAUCGAACGCGGGCACACGAGCUUGAUCAACCUGCCGCGGCAGAGCAGUCUCAAAUAUCCAGGCAAAUCAGCGUUGGGCAAGCAGCCGCUGAGCGCCGCGUCCCCGAUCCAACAGCCCCGUUUCCCGAUGUCGGUCUCCUUCUACGAGCCGUCGCUCGCCCAGGAUUUUGACGAUUUUCGGGAUGAGCUCCGGGAGAAUAAGUCUCGAAAAAUCGGCCCCCGGAUGCCCGUUGAGGUGAACUGGUUCAGCGGCUCGGCACCAGCGAUCCAAAUUGACGUCGAUGCACAUCAACAAAAAUGCUCUGAAGGUGUCCAUAUGUCGCCGGGAAGAAAUUUCGACGAGCCGGAUUCGGCAUACGGCAGACCAGCAAUGAUUCGAAUUCCACGAAUGUACUCCAGCCAAUCGUGUAAAAGCCUACGUGCGACACCAAGUCUCACCACGCUCAGGGAUUUCGACAUGGGUAGCGGUGAAUACGACGACCCAUGCGAGUUCGACUGUAAAUCAGUCGUCUCAACGGCUUCAACAUCGAAGCUCAAGCGAAAAUCGAGCUCGGCCCAUAUCCGCACGUUUCUUCGGAGUCCCGAUUUGGCAAUUCUACUAGAGAAGAAUUUAUCACCCUAC